AUGAGCAGUGAGUUGGUUCGAGAUCCAUUGGCGUUCGCUGAGGACAAAGGACGACCGAUCGUCCCUGUAGAACUGAACGAUUUGUCGCUUGGGCUAUACAAGAGCUACUCCCUCAUCGAGGAGGACGACUACAAAUCAACAUCAGACAGUGAGCAGACCCGCAACUUGGACGCCAUUGUAGGACUCGAUGACAACCCUUUCGCGGAAGGACUAGAAAAUGAGACCGCCGUGGAUCAGCUUGCCCCAAUUGACGAUCGCAUCCAAUAUGUACUCAAACUCCAUGUCGUCGAGAUCAAACAGACUAUCAACCUCGUGACCCUCGGUGGUAUUGGCGUCACUGUCGCAGGUGCAGUCACAACAGCUUGA